AGAGGAAAAAAAAAAAAUAAGGUAAUUCUAGUUACGUACAUACUCGUAUAGACUUUAUUCCUAUAACAAAGUGUGAGGCUACGCCCCGGAAGUGUAGACUUAAUGACGAAGCCUAGAUCAAAGUCAAAGUUAGACUGAGUGAGACAGUCAUAGUUCAAACGCCAGCGGGUCAACAUGUUCUUGGGGCUGCAGGUGCUAACAUUACUCCUGCUUCUGCCGGCACAUUCAGAAGGGUUUCAUAGAAGGAAGAGUGAUCGAGCAUUUGUGAACUGUCAGCCCAACGAGCAAUGUGCGAGUCUAAACAACUGCCCCGCCUGCUGAAAAGGUUCAAAAAUCAAAUACUACGGGAAAAGAAAUGUGGGAGAGAGUUGUACUGCUGUCCCAAGUCAGCUGAUCAACAGCCCAAUGAGGUUUGCACCAGGCUGGUUUAAUUAUUCAGUCACUACGACUACUUCCUAAAUAACCAUUUUACAAAUGUUGAUAAUAUUUUUCAACGGGGCAGCCAAACAUCAGUCAUCUUUUAGAGUCCUACGGAUCAACAUGCUCCUGGGACUGCAGGUGCUUACAUUACUCCUGCUUCCGCUGGCACAUUCAGAAGGAUGGCGUAUAAGGAAGAGUGAUCGAGCUUCUCCGGAAUGUCGACCCCAUGAACAAUGCAUACCCAUCCAUAAGUGCAAAAACUCUUAUUUCUAUCAGGACAAUCAUUUCAUAUUAAAAACCACACAAUGUAAUACAUAUCGCAAACUGAUCAACGGAAUGACCUUUGUCUGCUGCCCCACGGUAACAAAGCCGGCAUUUGUGAACUGUCAGCCCAAUGAGCAAUGUGCGAGUCUAAACAACUGCCCCGCAUUGAAGGGUACUCUCGAGUCCGAGGACCUGAAAAAGUUCAAAAAUCAAAUACUACGGGAAAAGAAAUGUGGGAGAGAGUUGUACUGCUGUCCCAAGUCAGCUGAUCAACAGCCCAAUGAGGUUUGCACCCGGCUAGAUAAGUGCCAACAACUGCAUAUACACCCGACAAAGGAUAAUGUACAAAAGUUAAUAAGCCGACAUUGUGCUUUCAAUGGCAAUGAGAGGUUUUCAGGACAGAGGAUCUACGUGUUCUGCCCCAGGCCAGCAUUUGUGAACUGUCAGCCCAAUGAGCAAUGUGCGAGUCUAAACAACUGCCCCGCAUUGAAGGGUACUCUCGAGUCCGAGGACCUGAAAAAGUUCAAAAAUCAAAUACUACGGGAAAAGAAAUGUGGGAGAGAGUUGUACUGCUGUCCCAAGUCAGCUGAUCAACAGCCCAAUGAGGUUUGCACCCGGCUAGAUAUGUGCCAACAACUGCAUAUACACCCGACAAAGGAUAAUGUCCAAAAGUUAAUAAGCCGACAUUGUGAUUUGAAUGGCAAUGAGAGGUUUUCAGGAAAGAGGAUCUACGUCUUCUGCCCCAGGCCAGUUUGUCAAGCCAAUGAGCGGUGCCUAAGUAGUGAUAACUGUCAGUCUGAACAAAGGAGAAGGCAGUGUGGGAACAAUGCUUACUGCUGCCAAAUGCUGUCUAACAAUUCGUCGAAUAAAAAGUGUAAAGCCGAUGAGAGUUGCGUUCCACUUGGAAAAUGUCCUCACAUGCACGAUAUCAUUAAACACGGAAAUGCAACCUUUCAAGCCUUUCAUGAAAUAGAUAAGGUCAGAUUGUGCAAAGUCGAUGACCGACAGAAGAACUAUAAAGAUCGCGUCUACACCUGUUGCCCGAAACCAGGUGACUUCCUACCGGAUCCCUUUAAACAACAGUGUGGACAAAGUCCAGGUUCUUUCCGAAUCGCACAUGGUAAUGAAGCGACUCCCAAUCAAUUCCCCUGGAUAGCCAUGCUUCUAUAUGAAAAUACUACAAAUGUUUGGGAUCUUACUCUUGAAUCCAAAUGCGGCGGAUCCUUAAUCAACAACUGGUAUGUCCUGACGGCAGCCCAUUGUGUAACAAAUCUCAUUGGAAGGAUUCUAAAAAGGGUUCGUUUGGGAGAGCAUAACACCAAGGCUACGAAACUCUGUGAUAUAUAUAAUAAAAGCUGCGCUCCACCGCCUCUGGAAAUCGACGUGAAGGAGGUCAUUUUCCACGUACUUUACAAUCACUACACGGAAUACUCUAACGACAUCGCUUUGGUGCGACUUGAAAUACCUGUCCGGUAUACGAGAGAAAUCAAGCCGAUAUGCGUCCCGAGAGAUAAUUUUCGCUUAGGAGAGUCGGAAUUGAAAAUAGCAGGUUGGGGCUUGACGGAGAACGGAACAAAAAGUCAUGUAUUAUUGUACAGCACUGUUAGGGAAAAUGCGCAGUACUGUAUUAAUAAUUAUGUAGCAGUGUUCAACUUCAACAUGCAAAUCUGCGCCGGUGGCCAGAGUAAAAGGGACACCUGUAAAGGCGAUUCCGGAGGUCCUCUAAUGGCCACACAGGAUAUUGGCAACUACAUGGAUCAUGUGUUCGUGGCAGGCAUCACUUCCUUUGCAUAUGAUUCAUGCGGAAAGUUGGGCAUACCAGGUUUAUAUACAAGAACUGGAGCAUAUUUUAACUGGAUUCAGGAGCACUUAAAACCAUAAUUAUGCCCGCAAGGACGCUUGUAACUGGUGGAACGGAGCGUUUCGAAACAGGACUACAAUACAAGCAUAUUGUUCAGCAGACUAUUAUAUAUAAAGCAGUUUGAAUCUCAGAACAAACUAAAGUUUGUGAACAAUCUACCUCAAAUAAAGAUCUUAAUUUAAUA